CCUGCUAGGUCAUGGACAUUUCUGACGAUGACCAUGGAGAUGCCUCUCUUGCUGCACUCAGGCGGCGAAAAAGAGGAGGCAGGAAGCACAAAGGGCCUUUCAGGAGAAUCCUGGCCGUGCCGGACUUGAUUCUUGAGUUUCAAGCUGAGGAUCUGAGGGAAAAUGCACUAAGAAGUCUGAGCGGAAUGCUUAACGAUAAACGAGAUGAUGAUCAGUUCCUCUACGCAAUGACUGGAGUUUUUCUCUGCUACUCCUUUGGAACCCUACCCAUCCUCCUACAGGAAAUCGUCUCUGUCUAUCCGAAGUUCGCUGCAGAGUAUCGCACACAACCCGGAGACACGUGGAGAGUUCGUCAGAGGUCUGAUGUUGCUUUCGUUUUCGUGCUUCAUAACCCCCGUCCUCCUUUGGUUGAUACGGCUUGUUUCUUGAUGGUAGCAAAUAUUGGAAGCUACAUUUUGCCAUUGAUACUCUCGAAAGAAGAUGCUCACAACGAGAUCUACGAAAACCUGCGGCUGAUGAGCCUUUCUGUGAUCGCUGCGCUCUGUGAGGGAAUGGAAGAGAUCGUCUCCCGUUGGGUUCUUGAGGCGAAAGUCUUUGGCGUUUGCUUGCACGCAGCGCACCUCGGCAGCGAACUUAGCAAAGUGAUGAGCACGACCAUUAUUGAACGGGCGCUUCAGCACGACGACAUUCGGAAAGCACUGACAAAACCUGACAUGAGAGGGAUUCUUGACGGAACUCUAAUCACCUUUUGCAAAAUGGUGAAUGACAUCUGCACAUCUCCUGGGCCAGUGGGCAUACACCUUCUUGACUUGGUCCUUCAGUGCUGCAUACUCCUCUUCACUUAUAUAAGGUCCAGAGGGCCACUCCGACUAAAAGUCAUGCAUACCUUGAGGGACAGCCUACUAAAUGAGUUACUCCGGCCAUAUUCUGAUACCCGAAGCAAGCGAGUCCAUGUAAUGAUGCUUCUGAAUGACAUUGGCCCUAUUGUUGGAGCCUCCAGAGACAGCAGGAAGCCCCUUACAGCUCUAAAUACCAACACGAGGAGUCAGCUCGAGAAGAUAAGCAAGUAGCACCUGCAUACAGCAGAUUUGCAAGUACAACACUUGCAGUGAUGACAGGAAUCUGCCAGAGAUUUAACCAGGCCUGAUGCUGAUCCAGAGCUAACAUAUUUAUAUUGUCUGCUUAUUUAUAUCAUAUUUGUCAAACAUGUGUAUCUCAUAUAUCUUGCAUAGACUGUACAGGGUCAUCUCUUAGA